GUCAUGACUGCAGAGCCCUGUUGACUUGUAUAAUUCAACUCUCCCGGCGAUCAAUUCAACGAUUAACUAACAUGAGUACCGUCAUCACUGCUGGCAUCGUCAUCCUAAUUACCACCCUACUCAUUCUCGUCGUCCGAUAUGGCUCCCCCAUCAUCCUACGAGGCAUCUUCCCCCAGCUCCAAGUCUCGUCUGUCUCUCCCCGAUCAGUUCGCGGUCUGAGAUGGGACGGCGGUGCGUUUCGUCUCUCGGUGGAACGCAUUGGCUUUGGGCUACACAGACCGAGCGCUGAGCGCACGAGCUGGAUCUCGAUACAAGUCGAGAAGUUCGACUUGCAAGUACUCAAACGCAGACGAACACUGAACAGAAGCAAGCCAAACAUACCACGUUUUUUGACUGAGGCGGUACCGACAGAGCACCCAGAAUUCCAGAAUAUCGCGGACAAGGAACAGGUUUCUGCCCCAGUGAGCCUCGUCAAGCUUCUUGAUGCCGAUGAAGAAUAUGCGCCACCACUUGCAAUUCUUUCAUGGGUUCUCCCAAUAUCUUACAUUCAAUCGAUCGACCGCUUUUUGCGACCGUUCUUUCGCGUCCUGCUUACGCAAACCCUACGAACCCUCUUUCGUGCUCUCCCGAGCGUCACCCAACUCGUGCAGUUCGAGAUGGACCUAUGUACCAUCACUAUCGAAGAGCUAAAUGGAGCGGGCGUCACUAUCUCAGAUGUCAAGGUCAACACUCUUGUGGAGCUACAGCAGAUGGAGGAUGUGCCCAUCGACGACCUAGAAUGCGAUCAAGGGUCAGCCGCCGCUGCCAGCGGGGCGAGCAGGCUAACAGCGAGGAUGCAGAGUGGGAUGGCGAGGCUGUGGAAUCGUGCUUGGGGUAACGCGAAGGGACUCGCACGACUGAAGGUUUCGGUGCGGAACGUCAAGGCCUUCUGUGGAGAUAGUGAAGAGAGCUCUGUUGAGAGAUCAUCUUCCUUAACACCAAUACCUACUGCUACACCGACUCCGUUCACGUCUACCACCCAGUCAUUCUCCGACAUGAGCACAUCGACUGCUACUGGAUUUUUUCCCAAGCCCGUGUCUAGUCCUUCAAGUCCAUCAAGCGCAUCUAUUCCCCCAACGCCUCGAAAUGGUCCCGCCAUUGCGAAUACACCCCUGUGCCUGCUCUUUCCGCCAAACCUCUUGUUUAUCACCCAUGAAGAGGCGACCGUUGUUAUGUCAAUGACUCUCGAGCCACGUAGAGGCAUCAUCGGAGAAGGCAGCAUCAGCAUCGAUGUCAAUGUGCCGCCUGCAUACAUGUCUGUUGGAGCGUUACGUCGAGUUGGAAAUGCCCUCAAAAAGGACUCAGACGAGAUUGGGCAGCAGCGAGAUGAUACCUUUUCCCCAGCUCUCUCGCCAGAACUGUCUCCGACUGACUCAGAAGAUGGCCAGAUGCCGAACUGGUCCACUGGUUUCAGGACUCCAAUAACCCCUGGAGGCAGCAUAUCAAGGCGUUUACGAAGCCUUGCACAGAGUGCAAGGAAACGAGCGAAGGUCACGAAACCCAAGGCUAGACCAAUUGCCUGGCGAAUAUCCCAAUUACUUGAUUACGUACAUGUUCACCUACAGACCGUGGACAUGGCGUUCGAUCUAGAAGACUCGACACACGGUGACAACAUGACGAUGUCCCUGAAGAUAUCAGAACUCCAAACACAUCUGGAGAUGAGCGAUCCUACCCGGAGCGACCACCGUGAAUGGCUGGGGAAGAAAGGCAAUCGAGGAGAUGGCUCCGAUUUCAGUGCCUUCGCGUUUUCCGUAAAUGCGGAGUCAUUUGCCGUCGACCGCGUAUCCACCUUCGGUAUUCUGGACGGUCCGACAAGUCUGAUAGACAUCCGAGGUGUUGCAUUCGACCUUUUGACAACUGCAGUACCUGGACAGCGUGCGGAAGAAUCACUCUUUGCACAGGACGAGAACGCAUCUUUCGUAAUAUGCACGACAGUGGUGGAAAGCGUUAAUGUCUACGACGAACUCGACACUCUGCAACGAACCAUGCGGCUAUUGAAUCCCGCCAAGCCUCCGCGACCUUUAUCCCCAAGAUCAGAUCUACAUAACUUGCCCUGCGUUGUUCUAGGACUCGAAGUUCGGACCUUUGGAGUGCAUCUUGGCAUAUCACCCCAUGAAGAAGGGAAUGACCUGGACCGGCGUCUAUUUAUCAGCUUACGUAACUCAGGCCUGUCGUUCAACGCGCAGUCGGCAUACGUCGAUCUUUGUACCAGAGCAGGCCUGUACCAGCCAGGUAAAGCCUACUGCGGGGAAGAUCCACGGAGGUUGGACCGUGAAGAGUUGUACUCCCUCAGAUACGACUUCACAGUUGACUCCGCCAUUGCACCGUUCACAGUGCAGCUCUGCCACAGCAAAACGGACAAUGUGAAGGAGCCGCUGCAGAUUGAGGGCGAAAUUUUUUCCAUAGGGGCUUUUGAGCUCGGUGUCGUUGGACACACGUUGGGCUCUACAUCACUCGCCCCGUCAAAGUAUACAAGCAGUCUGGACAUCUCGUCGACCAUGUCAGAUAUACGAAUCGCUGUCGACUACAUAGCUAUCGAUAUCUGGAAACCAUCUGUGGUAGAUGCGCUGCGUGGUGCGAUGGAUCGACACCGACCAACGCCCAGCACGAUUCCACGGCUGUCGGGCGGCUCGCUCCUCGAUAAACUCCCUAUCGGCGUCUGUUUCUACAGCUCCAUUGGCUAUAUUACGGUGCUUGUGGCAGGGGAAGAUCCGACUAUCUCUGAAAAUAUCAACAUAUCUCGAGGUGUGAUUCUUCGUAGCGGUCUCGUGUUGCAGUACUGCUUCUACCAGACCCUCCGCCACACUACUCGCACAAAGAAGCAGCUCGGUCUUACCCACAGUCGACAACAGCUGUCCCUUCAAGAAGAUUUAGCUGCACAGGCGGCCGCCGUAGCCAACGAUGUAAACUAUCCCGAUGAAUUCGCAGCUCUUAGUGGGAUCUCGUUGUGGGAUACCAGCUUGAGACCCGUUGUCAACGCCGAAAAAGAUUCGCCUCUGUACAGGACCUCCAAGGUUCCCGCGAAUGCGUACCCGAAGCUUAAAGAUGCUGUCAUUUGUUCGUCACCAAGGUUGACAAUACGAGUUCUACUUCGUAAACAGCGUACAACGAGCUCAGCAACGCAUCCACAUGACGAAUCCUGCGACGUUAUGGUCGAGGGGCCCAUGUUAUCAAUACACGCCAAGCUGCUCCACGUCUUCUGCCUUCUUCUCGCGUGGAAAAAUGUACCUGUGCGACGACACAAUAGGCCGGAGAAAGAGCCGAAAGCAAGACGAAUGGCUUCUGGCAAGCUGGAAAUAUCCUUCCGAGCAAACAUAGAAGUCGUUGAUAUGGCUUGUCAUCUGCAUUCGAAAGAUCGGUUGUACUUCCGACUGGGGCGUCUCGCUUCCGAAUGGAAAGAAGGCAUAACAGCAGUGAGAUGGGCGAGUCUGUAUGCUUGGGUUCCCAGCCCAGAACUAGAAGGAAAAUGGGAAGAAUUUCUUCGGCUCCGGGAUUGGAACCUGUCCAUCACAGCCGCCUCACAGUCUCGCCCUAGGAUGUUCGAUGUCUCGGGGAAAGGGGCUCGAAUUCAUAUUCCCUACAGAUAUGUCGUCUAUGAGCUCACUCAGGGCAUCACGAUUAGCAUCAAAGCCAUCGGGCAUCUCUUGCGCUGCAUGAGAGCUGGCACAUUCCAUGAACCCCCAAUACCCACAGCUAAGGCACCUCGACAGGUCCCUGAUAUCCGCAUCCAUAUCGACACACUGACUAUGGAGGCGGUGGACGCACCAUUUGAGUCUCGUCUGAAUUUGAUCUGGAGGACCGGACACAAGGAACAGUUGGCGCGAAUGGAGCGUGAACUUGCUUUCGAAGCCAAAGUUCAGGCGGUCAAUGGCUUUUUUGAGGAGAGGCCUGGAAGUCGAGCGUCCACAGCGGCAUCUACUGUCGGCUACACGUUUUCUGGCCAGCAUAGUGUCUCAGUCGAGGAAGCAUAUAACCGUUUGUUGCUCUAUAACUCUCAGGCGUGGAUCAAAAGACACAAAUAUACCAAGGCUGAACGGGAUCGGAAGGAAGAUGGUGUGUACAAGUCAAUCCAUGGAACUCCAUACCACUUUGGUCCAUUCUCGCUCCCGAUUUCGGUCCAUACGCCCGAUAAAGCUGCACCCCUCCUUCGAAUAAUUUUCAACGGACUCGACCUAUCUCUUGCAAAGCCCUCUUUUCCCCUCGAGCAACUGCCACAAUUCUUGCAAGACGUGGGAAGAGGAAUACCAUUGGACACAGAAUAUACCUUGCUAAUACCUAUGAGUGUGCGAUGGGAUAUGGAGGAUGCCCGCAUAACACUACGGGACUACCCUUUGCCGCUGUUUCACGUGCCAAGUAAGGGGAACAAAGGCGAGCCACGAUGGUCUUUGACAUCGAAUUUCGUAAUUGCUGAACAAGUCGGCCCGCCAUCUUGCAUCACCUUCAUCAAGACUGAAGUCGUUCCUGCGGACACCGGUCUAGAUGGUACCCCGGGUCUAUGGUUCUCUAUGCCGAAGACAUGCAUGCCCAUCAAGACGCUUGCAGAACCCCAAGUGUACAUCCGCACCUCUGCCGUGACUGAGUUCGCAUGGGGUGUGUCCUAUAACCCUGCUAUUCACGACGUGAUGCGCAUGCUCGACUCGAUUACGAGUCCACCCAAAGAUCCCUCACCCACGUUAGGGUUUUGGGAUAAGCUGCGUCUCGUCUUUCAUUGGCGAAUCAAAUUAGACUUUGCUAGGAGUGGGGUUCACUUUCAUAUCAAAGGGUCACGAGAUCCCUACCAUGUGUCUGAUGUCGGCGCUGGGUUUGCCCUCUGCUGGCAAGGAUCGCCCAGUAUAUCCAUCGGCUACAGCGAGCAAGACCAAGAACUCAUCCAAGUCUCGAGCGACCGCAUGUCACUGGUGAUACCAAACCUCACUCAUUUAGACAUUCAAGAUCAACCACCUCCAGAAACACCUAACAUGCCGAUGAGCGAGGACCAUCCAAAAAGGUUUCGCAAAGUAUGCGCGAAAUUCACAAAUGGAGUGCGAUGGGGCAUUGGGUUCAAGCUUGAACGGACCUGCCGCACGGAGGAGUGCGACAAAUGCAAAGGAUCGAUCUUCCAUAGGCAGUGUCGGUUUUUUUACUUCCGACCUCAUUGGACGGUCCAUCUCCGUGCCCCUCCCCAAGGCGAAAAGCCCGAAGGCGGUUGGCCAGAUUCUUAUGCUGGUUUUAGAAGCGAUUUCAUUCAUAUGGGCCUGUCCAUCACGUCGCCGACUAGAAACGCCACAAUGCAGGGUACCUCAGCUCGCACUAACGGUGCAGGGCUUUCAGGAUACAACAGUGCGCACCUCACGCCAAAAGGAUUUGCACAUUUCUUCUCAUGGUGGCGCUUGUUCGACGGGACCAUGUCCGUUCCCAUCCGACAAGGCAAACUAUUUCCCUCAAUCAAGCCCCCAUCAAAGAAGUUCGGAAAACACCUCGCUACGAUCAAAUAUCGAGUGUCGCUUUCUCCGCUAGUGAUCUCACAUAACUACAGGCAAGACUCCAGGUCUCAAUGGGUCAGAGGCGAGACUGGGGCAGUCGGCAUCAAAGCGAUGGUCGAACAGUUUCAAGCCGAUCUACACCAGCGCUUGCAGGAAGUUGUCAUAUUUCAUGAAAAACUGCAGACGACGAAGCGCAGGGUUCGCAAGCGUUUCUGUGCUGCCGACGUAACCUUGACAAACGUGGAGAUGCGCACAAUGGCGGCCGUCUUUUCAGAGCCGGAGAAGACGACCGUUGUGGAUGGGAUUGACGAUGAUGACUCAGCCGAAGCUGAAAGUCAUUUCAGCUUUGUCUGUGAUGAGGUAGAGCCGGGAUGGUUUGAUCUAGAUGACUUUGUGGAUGUCGAUUGGUCGCCUUCCGACCAUAAACCCAAGAUCCGCUUGCUUCGUAUCGGAACCUGUCCUCGCUUCAGCUUUUCAAAACGAGCAAACGCACGUCGACUCAAUCGGCGGAGUUCUGAUCAUUCGUCAAACUCAGGUAUGGAAGUGACGAAGUUUGGAGACGAGGACACACACAUAUGUUUAGCUGGUCAGGCGGAUGAUGCGUAUCAGGUCCAGAUUAGCCUGACAUCCAAGAGGGUGGCGGAGUUAGAAUCAGAAUUGGAGGAAUUGCUCAGAACCAAGCGAGAGUCCAAGCGCGUACAUCAGAUCAAUGACGACUCUAUCGACAAGCCAGGUUCAUCGCUGAUGGAUCGAGAGGCGGACUUGCUCAUGAAAAUACGAUUAUUGAGGGAGUACAUCACUCGACUGAAGAGUGCUGAGCAACAGGCAGGCGCAGAUGGCGGGAUUAAUCAUUCCUUCUUUGAACAAGGCGCAUUUGUUCCAAGCAACUCGGACACAAACAACGGGGCCAGCACGUCACAAGAUUGGAAGAACUUUGACAAUGUCUAUGAGGCUCACUUUCCCACUAUAUUCCUAAAUAAUGAUACCCGUAAUGUACUGAUUUCUGACAUUCCCCUUGAGAGUCCAGCUCUUGACGAAGAUCUGCAGGUCUUAUUGGACUAUUACUACAGCUCACGUGCACAUCGUGGACUUGAAUAUCACAUGACGGAGAGAGCGAUCAAAUUCAUCCGUGACCAUGCCAAGCCUGUCAAUGACAUCCCCCCGGAAGCGGAUGAAUUCAGAGCAUCAUCGCAGCCCGCGUUAGGCACAAGUUCACAGACCGGCCGUGUACAGGGAGCUGCCCAAGGCCUGUUCCGGCUUUUCACACACGACGGUAGAGCAUCUGAUGACUCCCCGAGGUGGCGGCCACAUCAUACCGAUGACAUUUUCGAAGAUCCCCAUACCGGCUGGCUGGAUGAUGUGCUGAUUCGAAAGAGCCACAUUGCACGAUUGAUCAAGCCGCAGGUUGUGCUUCGAAGCGAUCUCAAUGCAGACUCUAUUACCGUUGUUGCCAUUCGCUCUGUGUAUAUUCGGAACUUCACUGUCCUUGACCGGGAGCAUCUCGAUGAUCCUAUCAACGGCCCAAUUAUGCAGCGAAACUACUUCUCUUUGAGCGGAUUACAAGCAUUUUAUCCUGCGCGGGAUCAAGUUCUGGCAACAUCACACGUAUUUGUGCCUCUGGAGGUUUUGCUCGAUCUCCGAAGUGAGACACGUGACUUCGAGCGGUUGGUCCCGUACACCGACGCGAAACUGCACUACGAUAAGUUCAACCAGCUCAGACUUCGAAAGAAUAUGCGAACAGCUUCAGUGGACAAUCUGUCACGCAGAAACGAACAUCUGAAGCUCAACAUGGAUCGUUUAGUAAUCGGCAUACCUUCGUUCUCUGUCUCGGCUGAUGCCCGCAACUUUACCGCGGUCUACAACGUUGCAACCGAUCUGCUGCUAUACCGGGAUCCGGCACAGAAGGCUCGAUCGCAAAAGCUGAAAACCUUCCUGUACAGCUAUGAUUUCACCGACCUCGAUUCUGCCGCUGACGUCGUAUCGGGCCUGCAAAGAAGGAUGCGCUACUUGGCCGAAGUGGAAAAUGCAAAUAUAUUGAAGCCGCCCCACGAGGGUGCAAUGCAGGAGCAACUGGCUAUUCGUGCCGAAAUGCAGAACUUAGCGGAAGAGUUGAGCUUCAUAUUCGAGGCAAUCAAGCUGAAGCAAGACAAGGCUGGAGGUCGAACGGUGGAAGGCGACAGCUCUGCCGUACGGGUGGAGACCUAUGUGUCAGAUAUUUCCUGGAUGAUGCUGGAUCCGAGGCAUGCUCUCCUGGCAAAGCUCUCUGUCAAAGGCAUCGUGUUUUCGUGGUUGAACAGGAAGGACGGUUCUGCAGACAGCACUCUUGAGCUGGACGAUCUGCUAGCGCUGAAUAGUACGCCGGAAGCACUGUUUCCGGAGAUUCUGUGCAAGUAUGAGCGACCGGCAACACAUCCUAUGGUGAGGUCAGGGAAGUUUGUCCGAGCUUCCUGGAGCACGCUAGCACCUGUGUCUGGGAUCUCCAUUAUACGAUCCUUCGAGUUGCAUUUCCAUCCAAUUCGUCUUCAGAUCGAGAGAAAAGUUGGUCGCCAAAUUAUGGACUACAUUUUUGCGCGGAGCGCGCGCCGGAAGGAAAUUGAAGGGCCUGAUAGGCCGGUCGCACGCUCAAACGGCUCUGGUACUUCCGCCUCUACUCCACGAUCGUCGGUAUUCCCUUUAAGCAAGCGCCACUCAUCUGGACCGCAAGAAGUGGAGAGAUCAACGGAUGAAGUGGGAAAGCUUCAGAAACCCAGGGUGAUACUGAAUCGGCCAUCCUCAUUCCAGGAUGUCACACGAGCUGGGUCAGGCCCUCAUCCCAAGAGCCUAAAGCACGUAUCCUCGUCAGAAGCUUUGUUGAGCGCCUCAUCGCCCACAGAAAACCGAGAUGCUCUUGAGAUGCGCACUCGAGCAGCGCAGAAUCGUACAUUCUUGGAGAUCAAUGUCGCAAGCUCUGUCCUAGUCCUGAGUUACAAGAGCGAGAAGACGAAGAGUAUCACGGACCUGUAUGACUUCCGUUUCCAAGUUCCCUCCUUCCAGUAUCACAAUCAGACGUGGAGCUUCGAGGAUGUGGUGCAACAACUUAGGAGGGACGUCAUAAAGGCCGCUUGGCAGCAGAAGGGGGCUCUUUUCAAGGAGGUUGUCACCAAAUCGCGGCGACCACAGCAUCUUCUCCAGCAAUCACGACAGAACAGUGAAGCUAGCAGGAAGUCGCAGUCGUCUAUUGACAGCCAUCAAAGUAUUGAUUCCCUAAAUGGGAAGAAGAGCCGUGCGAGCAAGUUAUGGCAUGCCCUGCAGAAGAGAGGAAAGGGCAAGGCAUCUGGCCAACCAGAACCUCGUCUGCCUUCGAGCCUUCCGCCCACCUUGCCCGCAUCUUCGAGAUCCAGCUCGUUGUCUAUAAUCCAAUCCGCUAGCACGAACUCGGAUAACGAGGGAAGGCGAGAACACCAGAAUGAUGGUGGGACUAUUGAGCGCUGGAUUGAAGAUGACAAGGAGGAACACUUCAGAUCGGUCUCGCCAGAUCCUCUUGGUUCAGAUACAAGCUCCCCAAGCGUGACUUUUCCUGAAGAAGAAGAGGAAGUCGACGAAUUUGACCGGAGAAUAUCACUGGAUAUGCCUCAGGGCCGAAGACCAUCAGUUCGGCGACGUACUGUUUCUAAUAUCAAUUGAUUUUUUCUAGAACUUUAUGCUUCUUUUAUCUCCAUCAGUAUUAUAGGGCUUCACGUCCGUGAUCAACGCACUGUAUCACUAUUGCAUUUGACUGUCGGCAUGUGGAUUUCUUCAGU